AGUCCGGGCCGCAUCGGAGGAUUCCCCGGAGACGCCGGACGUCGCGACGACGUCGACGAGAGGAGACGCUGCGGAAGGAGUAGCGCGGAUUACGGCCGAGCCCUCGAGAUGGUCGUCAGGACUCUGCUCCUCGGAGUAGUCUUUCUCGUCACACCAGGUUUCUGCCACCAGGACGCGGUGCACAUAACGGCCAUCCUGGGGGAGAGUGUCGUAUUCAAUUGUCACGUAGAGUUCCCGGGUGAGCACGCGGUGCCCUACGUUCUCCAAUGGGUGAAGAAGGUAGGCGAAACGGAGAUACCGAUAUACAUUUGGUACGAGUCGUAUCCGACCCACAGCGGCGAGGGCUACGAGGGCCGCGUGUCAAAAGUCAACCCCAACUCCUCCUACGGGGUGGCGAGCCUCAACCUGACCAACAUCCAGGAGACCGACCAAGGAUGGUACGAGUGCAAGGUCGUCUUCCUCAACAGGUCGCCAGACAGCCUGAAGAACGGCACCUGGUUCUACCUGGACGUUCACGCACCCCCCAGGUUUAGCAUAACCCCUGAAGACAUGAUCUACGUGAACCUGGGCGACGCCAUAAUCCUGAACUGCCAGGCCGAAGGGACGCCGACGCCGGAGAUGCUGUGGUACAAAGAUGAGCACCUGGUGGAGCUGUCCGACACGGUUGGGAUCUUCAACGACGGCACCGAACUAAGGAUCUCCUCCAUCAAGGACGAGGACAUCGGCGACUACACCUGUCUGGCCAGAAAUGGCGAAGGCCAGAUCAGCCACACGGCGAGAGUCAUCGUCGCAGGUGGAGCCACCAUCACGGCGCCACCGACGAACCAGACCAAGCAGGAGGGCGAGAAGGUGCAGUUCACCUGCGAGGCCAAGGCGAUGCCAGGAAACGUGACCGUCAGGUGGUUUAGGGAAGGCGCGCCGGUGAUGGAGUUGUCGUCUCUGGACACCAGGGUGUCCAUAAGGACCGAUGGCAGUCUCGUCAUCAACCCUGCAAGUGCCGAUGACUCCGGACAGUACCUCUGCGAGGUCUCCAACGGGAUCGGCGAGCCACAAACCGCCAGCGCCUAUUUAAACGUGGAGUACCCUGCCAAGGUGACGUUCACGCCGACCGUCCAGUAUCUGCCCUUCCGACUGGCCGGGGUUGUCCAGUGCUACAUCAAGGCCAAUCCACCUCUUCAGUAUGUCACCUGGACGAAGGACAAACGUCUGCUGGAGCCCUAUCAGACGAAGGACACCGUGGUCAUGAACAACGGCUCCUUGCUCUUCACCAGGGUCAACGAGAACCACCAGGGCAGGUACACCUGCACGCCCUACAACGCCCAGGGCACGCAGGGGAGCUCGGGCACCAUGGAGGUCCUCGUCAGGAGACCUCCCUUCUUCAUCGUGGAACCGGAACCCACCUACCAGAGGAAGGCUGGCGAGUCCGUUGAAAUGCACUGCGUGGCCCAGGAAGCAGAAGGCACCCAGAAACCGACUAUCCAGUGGCAAAGGAAACACACCAGCGAGAAGAUUCGGGGCAAAGCUGUUGGAGGGAACCUCACUAUCGACGCCCUGAGGAGCACCGAUUUCGGAACUUAUCAGUGCAUUGCUUCCAACGAGGUUGCUACCAUCGUCUCCACGACUCAGCUGACCAUCGAAGGGACCCAACCACAUGCUCCAUAUAAUGUCACCGGAACCGCCACGCAAGUUUCCGUCACCAUCAGCUGGCUUCCAGGGUACUCCGGAGGUCCGGACUACAAGCAAGAUUACACGAUUUGGUACAGGGAAGCUGGGACCUCGGAAUGGACCACGAUCCCGGUUACUCCCUCGGGAAGCACGACCGUCACCAUCAGCAGACUGACUCCAGGAACCGUCUACGAGUUCCAAGUCGUCGGGAAAAAUGCCCUGGGUGAUGGGAUGUUCAGCAAAGUCAUCACCAUUCGCACCUUAGACCCUGGGCUUUCGAAAUCCGGGACGUCGACCUCCAACUCUGGCGGACAGCACGGGGAACAGAUCGGGAAACCCGGUCACCCUCCAGUUGCGCGUCAGAAAGGUCCAAAACCGGGGCCGCCCAGGAACCUGACGGUGACGGAGAUCAGCAAUGGUUUCUUGAUCACCUGGCAACCUCCUUUGGAGAGAACCGACCUCAUCCAUUAUUACACCAUCAAGUACAAGACAGAUGGGCCUUGGAAGACGCUCAACAAGGGGCAAAUCCGUCCCGAGGAGACCAGUUACCUGGUGAAAAACCUCGUCGGUGGUCGCACCUACUACUUCCAAGUGUUUGCUAACGGCGAGAAGAACUAUGGCGCAAGUGACCAGGUGAAGUUUCCGGUUCCGGCCCGAGUGAAGCACAAGGCGAUCACCGCGGGGGUGGUCGGUGGCAUCCUCUUCUUCAUCGUCGCCAUCAUCCUCAGCAUAUGUGCAGUGAAGAUUUGCAAUAAACGGAAGCGACGGAAGCAGGAGAAAGAACUGCUUUCAGCGUAUAACAUGGUGGCCUGCAGGGUCACCGACUCGCGAAACGGCGCAGGGCAGGGCCCCCAUGGAACAGUGCCUUUGAAAAAACCUAGAAAAAGCCGAGUACCAGGUCUAGGUCUCCUGCGGGAGAUCCUGAGCCCGGACACGCCGGACUCCUGCCGAGGGCGUCCCCUGGGGAAGAUCUCGCGAGCAGCGGAUGGUCGCUUCGUGAUAGCGGACUCGGUGCUGAGUUCGGCGAACAACAGCAUCCUGGACGCAUCGAGCAGCGACGACGGAGGUUUCCUGCCGAAGAGCAGCAGGUUGAAGUCCUCUUGGCGUCGCCCCCUGGUGGGGACGAGCAGGUUGAGCCUGAGGUCCGAAGGCAGCGGAGUGUCGGGGGGGCACCUGGUGAACGCGCUGAACCUGGUGAACCGUCAACAGCCAGUGGUGUGCACGAUCUCGUCCCCUAGGUUCCUGGCCCAGAGUUCCCCAAGCGGAUGCCAGGUGGUCCCGGGUGCAUGGUCUUCGGUGUACCUGAGCGACCUGAGCUCGGUGCGACACCCGUCGUCGGGGGAGCGGUCGUUCCCCACGCCGCCAGGGUAUCAGCACCUGCAGCUGAGGUCGGUGCACCAGAGGUACAGCCAGGAACUGCCGUCCCUGCGAGCUAUCCACGCCGAGUCCAGGAGGUUCGUGCCGGUGCAGCCGCUGGCGACGUCCUCGCCGCCGCAAACGGCGGGGAGGUCGAGGGCGAGGCUGCCUCCUAGACACGCGCGGCACGCGCGAUCGGCCCCGGAGCUCGCGGCGACGCCCGACCUGGAGACGAGCCCGGAGAGCAGGUCCAGCAGCUCCGGCUUCGGGAGCAAGAACACCUCCCAGCAGAACCAGAGCUCCAGGUCGGGGAGCACGGUGGCGGAGUGGAGGCCGCCGCCCUACCGCCCGCCACCCCCUCCGCUGGUAGGAAGGUGGCUGGAGCUGCAGGACCCCCGGGUGGAGGCGAAGCUGCACCCUGGCCAGACCCUGCACCCGCGCACCACCCCGGUGGACGCCGGCAGCGUCGACGGGCACUACGAGUUCGACCCUGCCUCCUGCACCCCGACCCCGACCUCGGCCUCCACGCCCACCCGCGAGGAGCGACCCCCGGUGCACCAGCUGCACGCCCUCCACGUACCACACGUGCACCACCAGCCCGUCAGGUACUCCAGGGAUAACAUCGAGGCCAGGGUCCAGGCCAUGAAGGCGGAGUUCCAUCAGUUCAGGCAACGGCAGGCCAGGAGGAGAAGGAGCGCCCACUUGGAAAGCGCCUGCUGAGGUUGGCCCCCCACCCGGACCCUCCUAGGAGGGAUUCCGGAAGGGGCGACGGAUACCGGGAGACCAGGGUGUUCGCCGAGUUCCUCGGUCAGGGGAUCGAGGAUGCUGGGGGACGCCAGAGUGCAUCCGGUUCGGCGUCGCCCGAAGACUCCGAGAGCGGUGGGCAGGGGUGGGUCCGGACCCCGAAGAAGGGCUUUCAGGGAGUAGAAGAGGAGGCCGAAGUUCCGGUGGUUUGGGACCUGCACGACUCGAGGAAGGUGGGCCCCGAAAAUGAGAAGUCCUUUCCUUGAAGACGACUCGACCCUGCUUCUUGCACCUCUGCACCGACUCCUGCAUCCGCUAGAAGGGAGCCUGCGACUCAUGUGCCUCACCUGCAUCAGGUGCAUACCGCUCAUCGUCACCGAUUAGGUAUUGUAGGAAUAAUUUCGGACGCGACAUAGACUGAGGUCCACUUCGGUCGGAGACGUUCAUCCAAGGUGGUACCCAUGGAAGCGAUGGUAGUCCACAGGUGACCAACAGGUGCAGAUCGGCGUCGACCAAGACGGGUACCCGAGGACCACCUUCAGGUCUCUCUGGAGUAGAAUCUGACGUCCACUCGCCGAGAUAGACGUCCUUAUCGGUGCAUCAAAGUGUCGCUCCAGUUUCCAGAAAAACGCUGGAGUCCAUAUGAUCAGCCGUGAGGACCCAAGAUGCGGUACCGGAUCUUGGGUCCAUCUCAAAAGUCCACGUCUGCAUUGUUCCUACCAUGGGACAUGGACGAUGGAGUCCAAUCGCAGACCCUGAAGACCUGUGAUGAUCAGUCCGGAUCCAAGUGCAAUGGAAUUAUACAUCCAGGAGGCAUCGGCAUCUUUUUCUGUAGGUUGCUCCCCACUUGGACCUCCACCCAACACGGACAAAUGCGUUUCCAUACGACCUACACGACAACUAGACCAACGAAGCUGCGGAGCCACCGAGGGCGACCACGAAGAGGUUGCCCAUCCAGAAGAAGACCACAUCGUGGAAAUCGAGGGCAUCCCCCGGGAGUUACUGGACCGAAACAGGGGGUGCAGGGCCACUUCUGGGUGACGUUGCUGGCGAUUCCUUCCCCAGGGAACUAGGAAGUCCCUAGAGGUGGCGCCGCGGCACCCUGAAGAAUCCCCCAAAGAAACCCAAUGAACUUUUCUGGACACCCGUCGAUGCCUCGACGAGGCCCCUCGUGGGGGGUCUAACGUUAAUCGUACUUCUAAGUAUUUAAGUAACGAGGAAACACACGCGCGCGACUCGCCACACACACACGACACACCUACAAGUAUAAGUAUCGAUGAGCAAUGGACUCGAAACCGUGAUAUUAGGCCGAAGCUUGCCUCGAGAUUGCUUAAGGACUCACUCGUACUGCACUGCCUGUUUAGGGUUUCGCUAGCGACCCAACAUAUUAUCGGCACAAUAAUUUUUUCCUAAGCAACGUAAACGAGAUUCGAGUAAGACGCGAAGCCGUGGUCAAUUUCCAAAAUGGCGCGGCCCGGGCGGCGCGCGCGAGGCGUGGUACCGACUAAUUCCGACUUUCCGCCGUAAUUUCGCUUUCCACGAGAAAACGCUUUAGACAAAAGUUACUCCGGCGGCGAUUCUGCACAACUUUCGUCCGAGAGGUUUCUUUCCCCCGUCGACGGUUGCCCCGGGAAAGCACCGCGUCCGACGGCGUCCUCGCGCGGCGCCGCAAGUUCCACUAAUUCGUCUUCGGCACGCGUCACCUCGGGAAGGAAAAAAUCCGCCUUCGAGAAUGCCAAGCAGAUGCCAGAAAAAAAUACGCAAAAGGGAAUGCUAAAGGAAGAAUCGGAAGGCUGGCGACUUUUGGGACUGCUGCGUGUCCAGGUUUUCGUUGAUGCGUGAAUCUCGAGUGUCCACCCUCGGGCCUUUCUACCUUGCGGGUGUCUGAAAGCAUUUUACUUUUUUUAUAGUACAAACGAUUAUUUAUAUAUACAUAUUAUAUAUAUUAUAUAUAUAUACAUGAACUUAAAUAAUAUAAAUAUAUUAGCGAGGGCCCUACUCACGAUUCAACUAUACUUCGACGAGACUACGGAAGCGAGCCGCUGUUAAUAAGUUGUGUAUAAUUACGAGGUUGCGAGAGAGUGAUUUAGGCGG